AUGUAUUCAAAAUAUUUGAUUUAUUUGUUAAAUCUUAUAUUACUUUCUUCAAGAAUAUCAUUAUCAAUAUCGGAUAUUCCAAUAAUUCAUAUUCCAAUAUUAUUUAAUUAUACUAAUGAUAUUAUUAUCAAUAAUAAUACAUUUCCAAUUAUUUUAAAUUAUUCAAAUCCUUUAACAUCUUAUAUUAUUUUUGAUUAUGUUGAUAAUGUUGGUGGAUUUCCAUUUUUUGAUAUUGAUCAAAUUAAUGGAAAUUCUUCUCUUCGAGUAUCGUAUUCAGAAGCAUUACCUAAUAUAAUUGAUGGGGAUGUGGAAUUUUAUCCAUUAAUACGUUCAUUUGAUCCUUAUCGAGUCAAAACUUAUGAAAUAAUAGCAAGUUCAAAUCAUAUUGAAAGUCCUCUUAUUCAAGGUGCACAAAUAUAUCAACGUAUAACAUUAACAAGUGGAGGUAGUAUACGUAUCAAUAAACUAGGUAUUAAAUCAGCAUAUUAUACAAAGGAAAUAUCUUCCGCACCUGGAUCUUUUUCAUGUAGUUCAGAAUUAUAUACAAAAAUGUGGAAAAUGGGCGUUCGUACUUUACAAAUCAAUAUGAUUCCUGCUCGAACUGUACCUUCAGGAUUUAUUGCAACGGAACAAGGUUUUUUUCUAACAGAAAAUCAAGCUGGUGUUUAUUUACGAGGUAUGCAAUGGAUUAAUUAUACAGUUACAUUCUCGACAAUGAUUGUUAAAAGUGGAUGUUCAUUUGCUGUACGUUCAAAUGAUUAUUCAGAAAUUGUAAUUACGAUCAAUUCAAAUGAACAUUUAAAUCCAAAUACUUUAAUUGUUAAUACACGACAAGAAUUACCACCACCAGAUAUUUUUAUCUAUAAUAUAACUUUACCUUUUAAUAUAUCUCUAUUAAAAUGGUAUAAGAUUAAAGCAAUAGUUCAAGGUUUAACAAUUGAACUUUCAAUCAAUGAUAAUAAUGUUUCUACAAUUUCAUUACCAGAAUCUUCAAAUCCAUAUAUACCAUCAAUGACACCAGGUGGUAUUGCUUUUACAACUUCAAAUAACCAAGAGACAUUUUUUCGUGAUCUUCAAGUAGUUGAUCUAUCGUCAAGUAACUUCGGAAGUAUACUCUAUCAAAGUUCACUUACUUCUCAACAAUCAGUCUACGACUUUGGUGUAGGUACAAAUGAAUUACCUAUUAUUUUAGAUGGUGCUAAACGUGAUCGAAAUGUCUGGUCAGGAGAUUUAUUAGUAGUUGGUCCAGUACUUUAUUAUUCUUAUUAUGAAUCAAAAUAUGUUGCCGGAUCAUUAGCACUUUUAAAUAGUUAUCAAUUGAAGAGUGGAAUAGUAUCAUCAAGAGUUAAUGUUGGAUUUCCUCUUCAACGAAGUGAUCCUACCGAUGAAUUUGUUGGUCCAAUCUUUUAUAGUUAUACAUAUUUUCUUGCCAAUUUAAUUAGUGUCGCUGAAUAUUAUCUUUAUACAGGUGAUAUUCAAUUUGUAAAUGAUCAAUGGCCUCGAAUGCAAUUAUUAAUGGAGUUUUUUUCAGCAUUAGUUGAUACAAAUAAUCUCAUUGUUGUUACAAAUCCAAUAUGGGGUUAUGAUUAUAAUCCUUCUUACGGUAUAUACACUGGAAAAUUUACCAAAUUAAAUAUACUUUAUGCUAUGGCAUUAGAUGAUGCGGCAUUUUUAGCUGAUGCUAUUAAUAAUGUUACUGCAGCUAUUCAAUAUCGACAACAAGCUAUAGCUGUACGAAAUGCCAUCAACACAUAUCUCUAUAAUUCUACUAGUAAUUAUUAUAUGAUAUCUGAUCAGAAAACAAUCGGUAUAAGUCAAGAUACUAAUUCAUUAGCUAUUCUAUCUGGCAUUGCGUCUCAAUUAGGUCCGAAUGUAUCUGAGCAAUUACUUGAACAAUUAAAGCAAAAACUACGUUUAUCAGGUACUAAUGGUAGUGGAUAUUUAUCAACUACUUCGGAUGGAAUUCCACAAGCAGCUGCUUUUGAACAAGAUAGAAGUGAUCUUGCUUUUGAUAUACUUGAAUCUGUUUGGUCACCUAUGGCACAACCAAGUCCUUAUUUUACUGGUACAUUUUGGGAAUCAGAACGUCCAAUUAACUAUCCAGGUGCUUCUACAAGUAUGGCACACACUUGGAGUGCUGGUAUUACUCCACUUCUAUCUAAAUACGUUCUGGGAAUCAAACCAAUAUCUCCUGGAUAUGCAAAAUGGUUGAUUCGUCCUCAACUAGGUAAUCUUACAUGGGCUUCAGGAAGUGUUUGUACACCUUACGGAAUUAUAACAGUUAAAUGGAAUAAUAGCAAUUCUCAAUUCAAAAUUACAGUCGAUAUUCCUCUCAAUACACGUGGUACUGUAUAUGUUCCUACCGGACGAAAUUGUAUCAAUGUUAAUGAAAAAAUGUUCCAUAUGGAAUCGUAUGACAAUUCUGUGCAUGGUGUAGAUAGAAUUACAAAAAAUGGCAGUUAUAUUGAAAUUUCUAUUGUCUCAUCUGGAUCAUACACAAUAAUUGCGAAUUCUGUUUGUAAUGCUGUCUCUAGUGCUUUUAUUCGUUCUUCAAUAUUGUUUUAUUUGAUAUUGUCUUUAUUCAUAAUAUUAUCUUAA